UUCUCAAAGGCCCCACAGUCCUCUACUUCCUGAGGAGGCAGCAGAACAAAGCAGAGACACCGUCUCUCUUCUGGGUCCCAGCCAUGGCUGCCACAGCCUCGGCCUCCUGGUGCCACCCUGGGGGAAAGGACAAGGUGAUGUGGAAGGUGCUUGUCAUCAUGGCCCUGCUGCAGGCACAGCUCCCAGGAGCAGAGGCGCAGAGUUUUGGCCUGCUGGAUCCCAAACUGUGCUACCUGGUGGACGGAAUCCUUUUCAUCUAUGGCGUCAUUAUCACUGCCCUGUUCCUGAGAGCGAAGUUCGGCAGGAGCGCGGCCGCCCCCGCGAGCCAGCAGGGCGCCAACCAGCUCUACAACGAGCUCAAUCUGGGAGGAAGACAGGAGUAUGAAGUUUUGGAUAAGAGACGAGGCCUGGACCCUGAGAUGGGAGGAAAACAGCAGAGGAGGAGGAAUCCUCCGGAAGUCGUGUACAAUGCACUGCAGAAAGACAAGAUGGCGGAGGCCUACAGUGAGAUUGGGGUAAAAGGCGACAACCAGCGGCGGAGAGGGAAGGGGCAUGAUGGCCUCUACCAGGGGCUCAGCACGGCCACCAAGGACACCUAUGAUGCCCUCCACAUGCAGACCCUGCCCCCUCGCUAAGAGCACCGGGCAUUUCGCCAAUCACAGGCCAGACCUGAAGACACCCAGAUUGUGAAAGACACAGGAUAAAGCGUUUAUAACCCAGUUCACUCGUAUUUCUUCACCACCCAAGUAUUCCUUUUUAAGAAUAGGAUGCUUCGCGUUGUAACAUUUGGUCACGUCCAUUUCCAAACCGUCAUGCACGGAACGUCGUCCCUGGACUCUGCAGGGGAGUGCGUUCCCCCCAGGGCUGCGGCCCCGUCCUCGAGGAGCCCGUGGUGAACCCCGCAGGUUCUCGGGUCUUCUGGUUUGUUGGGGACUGUGGACAGGCCCCCGUCCUGGCAUGUUCGGUCCAUGUUUCGUCAAGUCCCCAGAGAAACUCAAACGUUAGCACAUAUCCUAAUAGGCUCUAUUGUCCUGUCCGUAUUUGAGUGGCUUUGCUCCUGCUGUAAAUCCGGCGUCUGUUGUCAACCGGUGCCUUCAUGUCAAGGUGACUUGUAACUGGGGCAAAGGGGCUGU